UGAUAGCAAGGCCCCCUUUCUUGUCAAAAUGGCAGCGCCCAGCAUGCUGGGGAGGUAUCUCUAAGGUGGGGAGGGGGUGCGGCGGGUAAGAGACCUCCCAGGAGAGUAAGCAGCGUACCGCACUUCAGAUUUUGAAGCACCCAGGCUUGUGUCUCCUGGGCGAGCGGUGGGGACCGCCAUACUACUUUCUACAGUGGCCUCACCAGUUUGCAUUUCCGUCAGUGGUGUGCCAGGCUUCCUAUUUCUCCAGAUCGCAGAUACUGUCUCCUUUGGGAUUAAAACAGACUAAAAGCAACACCUAUGGGGGACUGAGAAGAAGCUGGAUUGGGCGGAGGGAGAAGUUGAGCUUCCGCACAGUCCCAACGAAAAUCUCAGCCACCUGCAUGGGGGCCUGUCAGCCAGCCUUUCCUGAAACAAACCACCCACCAUAAUGGAUGCAGACUGCUCCUGGAAGGUUGUAUGACCCUGGGCAAGGCAGUUUUCUUGAGACUCUGUGAAAUAAGUUUCUACAAUGAUUUGUUCAACACUCAGGAGAGUUGGCCACAUGCAUAUCUACCUGGUGAGGAAGGCCAGCAGUGUCUCCAAAGGCCAUCAUCAACAGACUGUGGGCUCAAGACCUGCUGCUUCAGAGUUUGCUGCCCGAGGAGCUUCGGGCAACGUGCUGGAGCUGCUGGGCAAAUCCUACCCUCAGGACAACUACAGCAACCUCUCCCGGAAAGUUCUCUCCAGGGUUGGCAGGAAUCUGCACAAUCAGCAGCAUCACCCUCUUUGGCUGAUCAAGGAGAGGGUGAAGGAACACUUCUACCAGCAGUAUGUGGGCCGCUUUGGGACUCCGCUGUUCUCAGUUUAUGAUGACCUUUCUCCAGUGGUCACCAUCUGGCAGAACUUUGACAGCCUGCUCAUCCCAGCCGACCACCCCAGCCGGAAGAAGGGAGACAACUAUUACGUGAAUGGGACUCACAUGCUGCGAGCUCACACGUCUGCACACCAGUGGGACCUGCUGCAUGCUGGGCUGGAUGCCUUCCUGGUGGUGGGUGAUGUCUACCGGCGCGACCAGAUAGACUCCCAGCACUACCCAGUGUUCCACCAGCUGGAGGGCGUCCGACUCUUCUCGAAGCAUGAGUUAUUUACUGGCAUAAAGGAUGGAGAAAGCCUGCAGCUCUUUGAACAGAGUUCUCGUUCUGCCUAUAAACAGGAGACACAUACCAUGGAGGCCACAAAGCUCGUUGAAUUUGACCUUAAGCAAACGCUUACCAGGCUUGUGACACAUCUUUUUGGAGAUGGACUGGACAUUAGGUGGGUAGACUGCUACUUCCCUUUUACUCAUCCUUCCUUCGAGAUGGAGAUCAACUUCCACGGAGAAUGGCUAGAAGUUCUUGGCUGUGGGGUGAUGGAACAGCAACUAGUAAAUUCAGCUGGUGCUCAAGAUCAGAUCGGUUGGGCUUUUGGCCUGGGAUUGGAAAGACUGGCCAUGAUCCUCUAUGACAUCCCUGAUAUCCGCCUCUUCUGGAGUGAGGAUGAGCGUUUCCUGAAGCAGUUCCGCGUGUCAGAUAUCAACCAGAAGGUGAAAUUUCAGCCUCUUAGCAAAUAUCCUGCUGUGAUAAAUGACAUCUCAUUCUGGUUACCCUCUGAGAAUUAUACAGAAAACGAUUUCUAUGACUUAGUACGAACAAUUGGAGGAGACCUGGUGGAAAAAGUUGAACUGAUAGACAAGUUUGAACAUCCAAAGACACACAAGACAAGCCACUGCUACCGCAUCACCUACCGCCACAUGGAGAGGACCUUGUCCCAGAGAGAGGUCAGGCGUGUCCACCAGGCUGUGCAGGAGGCCGCCGUGCAGCUGCUGGGAGUGGAGGGCAGAUUUUGAUGGCACUGCUUGGACCAGGCUGCAGCCUCUCGGGGCUCCAGGAUUUGUGAGGGAGAAAAGGAUAUUGUUUGUAGGCUGAGACAUCAGUCAUGUUUUGAUAAAUGGGUCAGUUUUAGGACUUUCAGAAAAUAAAAGAUCACUCUUGAGAGACUGUU